AUGUUUCCCUUCACAUUUAAACUAUCCGUUCCCGGCCUAUCUAAUCCAUUCUCCGCUUCACCUGUCACUCCUCCGGAACUGCCACCGGCCCAGGACCGAACACACACUCAUGAGAAGCGUCCUCGCCGUCCGCGUCAACGCCCAUCUCCGAGUCCGAGUCCUUCGCUCUCACCAACACCACCACCACCAGCAUCGAGGAAAAGAGGCUGGGAGCCCACGUUCGCUGAACCCAGUCGAUCGACUGCCACACUCGCCUCGUCUGCUGGUUAUCUCGACACGCCGGCAAAGUAUAGGGAGCAGCUGAUGACGCCGAAUGAUCAUCAUGAAUACCACGACAUCACCAUGAGUGAUACGCCAGAGUUGUGGAUGUUGGUUCUCAGAUACACACCAAACACUCUUUGCGCUUGCUAUUUUCGUUUUUCUUUAUCGCUCUCCUUGUUUCAAUUCAUGAUGCUGCUGGACCGCCUCAUCCUCAUCUUUCACGUAGAACUCCCCCCCGCUAAACGCCGCCGCGGCCUCGCAGGCUCGAUCGUGUCAACAGCCCUCAGCGCUGCGCUCAUCGGCACCGCUGUAGGGCUCACCGUCUAUCGCCUCUGGAGAGAUCGCGGCAAAGAAGCCCCACCACCACCAUACCAACAAGAAUGGACCCCAAUCGAACAACACACCCGAGUCGUGCAGGUCACGAAUACACCCACACCCAACUCGACUACACCCUCGCGUUCUCGGAAAUCAAGACAACAAGUAUCGUCACUCAAGCGUCCGGUCGCACACCACCGGAGACCCCGCGUCCGCCCACACACCUACACCACACCACCCCAUACCGCCUCUUCUUCGUCGGCGGUAUUCCCACCCACGCAGCCCGAGUUCAGCUUUCCUCAUCCCCAAGCACAAGCACAAGAAGAAGGAGAAGAACAAGGCCCGGUAGCAGACCAGAUGGACUGGAUCGGUGAUAAACUCGCUAUGCUCAUCGAAGAAGGCAAAAGGGCCCUACAGAGCGAAGUGGUGGUUAUGAGUGAUGUGAAGGAGGACGAGGUGGAUGAUGGGAGGGGUGUUUGGGAUGAUGAGGACCCCCAACCCCGUUCGCUAUCGCGCUCUAGUUCUUUGAAGCGCGCUUUAGGGGGCAGACGUUCUUUUGCUGCCCCUUCUUCUUCUUUACCCAUUCCAUCCGCGUCGCCACGACGUGGAGGGUUUGAUGUGCCUUCUUCCUCCCUCUCGUCGUCCUCUGCUGUUACACCGAGGAGAAGCCACUCGCGUGGUCUUUCGUAUGAGAGCGCGCUCCCGACAAGCAGCUCGAAGGAAUUUGAAGAGCCUGGUGCGUGGGCUAGUCCUGAGCUUCGGGAGUCGAUGGAGAAGGCGCGGGCUAGGAUCCUUGCGAAGAGGGGAUCUUAG